UGGAGGCUUGGUUGUUGGAACUUGGAAGCCUUUCGAUUUAAGCCUUUUUCCACCGCCAAGACCCUCUCUCUGAGAUCAGGUACCCGCAUUCAGCUGGGUUAUUCUUGGAACUCCAGAUUCCAUUGAAGCUUCCUGUUCCUGGGUUUAAGUUUAUAAGUUUACAGCUUAUAUCUCACAUGGAUAAAUGGGUUUGGGGACGCUACUUGAAGGCUUUCUGCUUCUUGCGAAUGCAUUAGCAAUAUUAAAUGAAGACCGUUUCCUUGUGCCUAGGGGAUGGAGCCUCUCAGAAUUCUCAGUGGGCAAGACAAAAUCAGUGAAGGGACAGAUUAUAGGUCUCAUUUAUGCAACACAGUACUUGAGAGUUCCUCUCGUACUACUCAAUACUGUCUGCAUCGUUCUAAAAUUGAUAUCUGGAUGAUGCCAAAUGAGGUUAAUUGAUCCGAAGAUUCAUCGAAUUGAUAUCGGGAAUCUGCAAAAUCGACUCUCGUUUCUUGGAAGGUUGAAGUAUUAGGUUGAUGGAUAUUGUUUCAACAUUGUAUUUUGAAGUAGUUCAUGUUCCUCGUUGUUCAGAAUCUAUUUGAUUUUAGAUAGUAAUUGUUUGCCAACAUAUCGAUUGUGCGCAUUUUAAGGUCACUCAGGAUCGCUCUCUGCCGUUGUGCGUAUGAUACCGGAAACAUAUAUUUAUUAAUGCCAAAUUGCACUAAGAGUUCCUAUA